CAAAGCAUUUUAAACUGGUUUGCGCGCGAUCAGUCUCUGGCGAGGUAUCGGCUUCUCUGGUGCACUGAGGGAAGUUCAGAAGCACUGCGGCUUUGCAAGUGUUCAGAUCGCUCCUUAAUAGACAGAGAGAUAGAGAAUGUUUCAGCGGUUGUUAUUCCUCCUUCUGUGUCCCCUCACUUUCCAACAACAAGAUAAUAUCUUCUUUCGCGAUGAAGUCCAAGACAUUGGAAGUCCCUGUAGAGCCCAAUCGGGCCUCGGAACAUGUGUCUUAAAUCGCAAUUGCCGUGAUCCCUUCGGUGGAUACUUCAGUACCAACAAGAAGUCCGCAAUUUGCUUCUUCAAGGAUCGCACAACUCCCAUCGUGUGUUGUCCCAAUAAUCAAGUGGUGCAAGACGAUGAACAGGGACUUCCAUCGAGUACCUCUUGGGAAGACCUCUUCCCGCAAAUUCCCAGCCUGAAGCCCACGAAAAGGCCUCCGUCCAGACCAGACAGAGUACCAGUAAGCAUGCUUAACCCCAAGCCAAUGUCCGAUAAAGUUCCAAGACCACAAACCAUGAGAAUUUCUAAUGCGCGAGUUCCAGCGCGACCGAGCUUUAUUCCAGUCUCCAAUAUAAAACCAUUCCCUCCAAUCUCCCUACAGUCACCAUCAAACAACCCAUUUCCCGUAGUUUCGGAAGUUUCUGAUGUUGUUCCUGCACCAGCGUCUUCGCAACAGUUGACGAGAAUGAGUUCAAUCAAGUGCCAGGAAUACACUCAUAAUUACACUUCGGACAAUUCUAGAACUCCUGAAGCAUCUUUCUUCACUGCCGUCGUGGGAGGAAUUCCUGCCUAUGCCGGUGAAUUUCCCCACAUGGCAGCAAUAGGAAUGGAGGAAGGCAGUGCCAUCAAAUACUUCUGCGGAGGAAGUUUGAUAAGUGACAGAUAUAUCCUAACUGCUGCUCACUGUUUCACACGAAACCUGCCUAAGGAGAUUUUAUCCGUUCGCCUUGGUGAAUUGGAUCUCACCAAGGAUGACGACGGUGCAUCGCCACGUGAUUACAAAGUUGAACAAGUGAUAACUCACCCAGAGUACAAGGGAUCUUCAGUCUACAACGAUCUUACGUUGUUAAGAUUAAGCGAAAAGGUGGAAUUUAAUCCCUUCAUUCGACCAGCUUGCCUAGCUAAAGACCCAGGAAGUGCCGACGAGGGUGUCACGGCAUACGGAUGGGGUCACACUUCAUUUGGCGGAGUGGAGUCACCUUUCCUCCAAAAGAUCUCACUGUCUAUUUACGAAACUUCUACGUGCGAGAAAACAUAUCUUCCCUCGCGAAGACUUGCAAAGGGACUGGACAGGACCCAAAUUUGUGCCGGUGAUCCUGCUGGAUUCAGAGAUACUUGCCAAGGAGAUUCUGGAGGACCGCUAUCAACAAUGGAGUAUGUCGAAGACAUCGAUACCAACAUGUUCCACAUUCUCGGUAUCACUUCCUUUGGACAAGGAUGCGGAGGAGAAAUUCCUGCUAUAUACACACGAGUGUUUUCCUAUUUGGAUUGGAUUGAGGGGAUCGUAUGGAAAUCUUAAUUAUGCUGAGAAAAAGAGACGAUCUUCUAUCCUGUCAUCCAGUGAUCAUAUGUUGAUGAACCGAAUGCAACUGAUAUUAUUUAUAAAUAUUGAUUAAUCCCAUUAGAUUGUAGCAAUUUUAAGAGAUAAAGGACUACUAAUUGUAAAAAUAUAUACCAGAAAUUGAUAUUCAAUAUAAUUACCUCAUGAAAUGCACCCAAUGUUAUUAUUAUGAUGUAAAUGCAAAGCUUUCCAUUUGCAUUCUUUACAUGCGUACCUUCAGCAUACCAGAAACACUUAUCGGAAGCUUUCCAGACACAUUUCCACUUAUCACCUCUCUUUUUCAUCUGGUUUCUGUACAUUAUGACUUUUAAAUUACAUGCUUUAUAUCAUAUCAAAAAACCACCAAAUUUUAUUAGCGUCCAUAUUAUAUAAAGUUUAACGAUUCCUAGAAUCAUCACAACAGAUCAAUAGUUUAAAAACAAGAUUGCCUACAUAUAUGCUUGAGAAAUAAAUUAUAAACGUGCUCGCAUACACAGAGAAGUAUUAGCAAAUGAUCGAGUCUUACUUUGUCGUCAGCUUAGUUGGAAAUGAUGUCUCACACAAUCCUGAUCAUCUUACUGCAAUUGGCGCUACUAACCGCAGAAGAUAAAAUUAUCUUUCGCGAUGAUUCACCCGACUUUGGCACUGCCUGUGAAACAUCUCAUGGCUCCGGUGUGUGCGCAAGGCUGCAGGAUUGUCUCAAUCCAAUCAGAGCCA